AUGUUGGCCAAGAAAUUUCUCCCGACACGCCUGCUUGUCUCGAGGUUUUUCUCAUCAGAAACUUCUAAAACACUCAAAGUUGGAGAUGUUUUAAGAGAAACAAGAGUGUUCUCAAGUGAAGAUGUUAAGGCAUAUGCUGAGGUGAGCCAUGAUUGGAACCCACUUCAUUUCGAUCCAGAAUCUGCCCGUAAAGCCGGAUUCGAGAACCGCCUUGUUCACGGGAUGCUUGUGUCUUCUAUGUUUCCCCGUCUUAUCUCUUCCCAUUUCCCGGGAGCAGUGUAUGUAUCUCAAAGUCUACAUUUUCGAUCACCAGUUUACAUAGGCAAUGAAAUUCUCGGAUUGGUUCAAGCCACGGCUUUAAGAGAAACCAAGGAUAAGUACAUUGUCAAAUUCUCAACAAAAUGCUUCAAGAACCACAGUGAAGUUGUUGUUGUUGAUGGUGAAGCUACUGCAAUCUUACCAAACCUUGAGAUGCUACAUCUAUAA